CAUCACAUUUGAGUUUAACCAAAUCAUAUUAAGCCAUGGCCACCUCCAACUUCUCAAUUGUUCUCUCUCUCUCCCUAGCCUUCUUUCUAGUGCUACUCACCAAGGCAAACUCAACCAACACCGUUUCUUUCACCGUCAGCAAGUUUUCCCCACGCCAACAAAACCUUAUCUUCCAAGGAGAUGCUGCUAUCUCACCCUCCGGGGUGUUACGACUCACCAAGGUUGACAGCAACGACGUGCCAACGACGGGAUCCCUAGGACGUGCCCUUUAUGCUGCCCCAAUCCAGAUUUGGGACAGUGAAACAGGCAAGGUAGCUAGCUGGGCUACAUCGUUUAAAUUCAAAGUUUUCUCGCCCAACAAGACGGCCGACGGGCUUGCCUUCUUCUUGGCGCCCGUCGGGUCCAAGCCCCAAUCCAAAGGAGGGUUCCUUGGUCUUUUCAAUAGUGACUCAAAGAACAAGUCAGUCCAAACCGUGGCGGUUGAGUUCGAUACUUAUUAUAACGCAAAGUGGGACCCGGCAAACCGACACAUUGGCAUCGACGUGAACUCCAUCAAGUCCGUCAAAACGGCGUCGUGGGGGUUGGCCAACGGGCAAAUAGCACGGAUUCUCAUUACCUAUGACGCCGACACGAGCCUCUUAGUCGCUUCUUUGAUCCACCCCUCACGGAAAACGAGUUAUAUCCUCUCUGAGACAGUGAGCUUGAAGAGUAAUCUUCCAGAAUGGGUGAAUAUUGGGUUCUCUGCCACCACCGGGUUGAAUAAAGGCUUCGUUGAAACCCAUGACGUGUUUUCUUGGUCUUUUGCUUCCAAGUUGUCAGAUGGUAGCACCAGUGAUACUUUGGAUCUUCCAAGCUUUCUGCUCAAUGAGGCCAUCUAGCUUCCAACGUCGUAAGUAGUUAAAUGUGACAGAAGAAUAACAACUAAAUAGCGCUCUAGCUUGCUAGAGGCUAGUACUACUAAUAAUGUUUAUCUGUCACAAAAAUUAUCGUAAUUUGAAAUAAUAAUUGGUUUUUUACUCCAUCAUACUAAAUAUAAUGUUUA